AUGGACAAGACAACCAUUUAUGCAGUUUUGGGAAAGAAAUCUGCGUCAACGGUUUUCGUAAUUUCUAAGGAGGAAAAUUGUGCGAACAGAAUUAUAUCUGACCGAAAACCGGUAUGAUCGAUCACACAUAUUAUUGCUUAAAGUAGAAUAAAGACACAGUAGUAAAAUCAAAGGAGAACAAGCAGUUUAUGAGCCGGAUAAGAAAAGCAUUGUUCGCAUUGAGGAAUGCAAAAGUUGGUGAAGACGACGAGUACGAAUCGAGUUGUGCGAACACAUCAGAAUUUGAGCUUGUAUUUGCUUCCGAUUUGUCUGAAACUACAGAAGAAGUGGAGGACGAACCUAAUGGCGAAGAGAAAGGAGGGGUAGAAAAUGAGGAGAACUUAAAGGAAGGAAAACAGGAAAAUGAGGAUGAGCCGGAAAGCCGUAACUCGUCCCCAUCUUCGAACUCCAGUGGUUCUGGGUCAGACAAUGAGUCAGAUGAUACUGAAAGUGAAGAGCCUGAUUAUCAUUGCUCUCGUGGAUAUCAUACUUUUGUCAAAGCUUGUCUUCAGCGAAAGCUUGUCAUAAGGGAAAUGAUCGAACAAAAUGUUUUUAAAAGAGAUAGCAACGUUGCAAUACCCCUUAUUGGACCGGAACACAGAGUAGCCGCUGUUUGUACGUUCCACACGCGUGACAUAGAACCUAAUAAACGUAUUGUGCAUAUUGUUUUCAUGACUGUUAGGAAGCACCUGCGCCGACUUGGAAUUGGCUCAAAGGUCCUAGACAUCCUCAAAUCAACAGACAUAUCUGGACAGUAUGAUGCUGUCGUGGUUCAUGCUGAUAACAAUGCCGUGGAUUUCUUUAAGAAAAACGGAUUCUCUGAUGAUCUUCUUAUUAAUCGACAGUGGACGGCUAUUGCUGAUGAGUAUGUUAACUGUGCACUCAUGACCUACUUCCCGCCGAUAAGCUGCAAGGAAAAAACCUUGGAGAUAAUUGACGAUGAAAUUUCUGAUUGGUUAAAGAAAUCUGCUGAUUUAGAAGAAAUUCAGUUGACUCUUUUACGGCGACUUCGGGGCGAAAUUGCACAACUAAGAAGAGAUCUACGGGAAAAGGUAGUUUCGUAUCAGAGAUACCACAUUUACUUUAUUGUCCACAAGUAGUGCACGCAAAACAGCCGCAAUCGUUCGGAAAUAACGCAUGACAUAGCGACUUAAGUUCUGUUCACUUUUCCACUAACUUCUAUUUCACAUGGUAAAUUCGUGGCAAAAAUAACUUUGCACGAACACAUUUGUUACUGAAACUUAUAGCUGCACUGGGCAGUUAUGCCGGAUUUAAUUUAACUGGCUAGUCUUGGUGGCUUGGUCUUAUCAGCUUAUUACCCAAUAGGUUGUAGUAGGCGUUUACCAAAUGAAUAGGUUUUAUGCUUUAAAAAUUGCUGUAUCCAUCACUAUUCUUAGGUCGGACUAAAGGCAGUAUAGAAGCUCUAGUUUCAUAUGCUGUGUUUCUUCAACGAAAUGGAAACUGAGAGAGAGAGGACGAGUAGGCUCUACAUCCGCUAUCAUAAGUUAGAGCGCUUCUCAGUAAAGACACUGUUUAUUUUCUUCCACGUACAUUCCCAAGGAGCGUCUCACCCGACGCUGUUUGUCUUGCCCGACAGCAAACAAUUUUGGCUACGUAAAGUUCCCUGAAGUGAACAAUAAAAAUACUAGUUAGUUAUUAUGACUCCCUUUUUCGACUUACCGUCAGUCAGGUUUCGAUGCCCUCCAAACUUUAUUAAAGUUGCUUUAGGAUAAGAUUUAAGAUUGUUUCGAACGUCGGCAUUUCGUAGGCAGCGACCCACAUGGUUCACAGUUUUUCAAGUAUGUAUGUUUCGCAUAUUUUCGGUCUGAGUAUUUGCAACGAACGUCUACCGCUCUCAAAAGUGUGCAUGCUAUUUGAAAAGUACUAACUGCCAUUCUAAUGUGAGAGUUGUACACAGCCUGAAUACUAGAUUGAAAAACGGAAUUUCUUAUUGAGCGUGAAAGCAACUUUGUUUAGACAGGCUUUGUAAGGAAAUACUGCACACAGACCAUUGUCGAACUCAGCACUAUCGAAUCACGUCUUGAAGAAACCUCACGGAUCACUUCGAAAAUGGCGAGCCAUUGCAAAGGCUUCAUAUUUUGGGGGAUUUUCGACAGUUACCUCUGAUUAUAGCCCCGGAUGUACGGUUUAAUCCCUAGGAAAACGCACUUGAGUGUCUGCCGAUUGCCGCUGCUUCUCAUUCAGCCAAAGUCUCCGAAGUAGCCAAUUGACCUGCUUACGGUUGUGUAUUUGACAAAGCAACUUGAUUGCUGGAUAAGCACUUUGCGUACCAACGAUUUUGUUAUCGCUAGGGAAUUCCUAAAAAGUCGAAGCCACACAUAACAUGGGGAACCGUUUUAAGGAGUCAAUGGAAUUGGAAAGAUCAAAGGUAGUAAAACAUAUAUCAUGCGUCACAAUGACGAUUCAUUGUGUGUGCAUGAAAAUUCGUUGAAUUCUAAGAGGGCUAGCAAAACUGGAGAGCUCUUAUGUCUUAUUUUAUUGAAACAGCGCAAAUAAGAAAGGAGAGUUUUCAGCUUCUUAGAACGCGUGGGAGUACUGAGCCAUGUUUUUUGCGUUUUCUUGGCCCGGACGACGCAGCUUACUUGUGUCACGAAACUUAAGGUCAUCAACAAACCCGAAAACCCGAAUAUCCUCGCAUGCAUUCAGGCCACCUUACGUAGAAUAUAUGAGGGCGGAAUACGAUGAGACAGUCAUCCACGCACACGAAAUAUGCUACUGAUUGCAUUUGGGCAUUCCGAGACCAUUAAGCAAAUUUCGAUAACAGUCAACACAAAUGUACGCGUAAGCGUAGUGACAGAAUCCAAAAAGUCAUGCCUCGAGGACUUUAAUUUAUACCCACAGCUUUUGAAGCCAGUGCCUCAUAUAGCUUCAGAACGCCGAUGAAAACCAUGUGGGGAUAUGAUAAGAAAUUGGAAACUACUUAUUUCCAGUUAUUUUUAAGAAGUUGAUAAUUUUCAAUCCAAAUUCGAGCGCGAGUCUCGACGUCCACCUGAUUGACUUUUAAUGUUCCUUAGAAGUCACGUUAAGAUUUAAUCUUGAAAAUACGAAGUUCUAAAUGCCUGUCAUUCUGCAUUUUGAGGAAAUCCUGCAAUAAACUACUAAGGAAUUUUCGAAAAGUAGAAUCUAAUACCAUCAUCAGAUUCUAUUGCCUGCCUAAUUUAAAAUACCAAAUUCUUUCGAUCAGGAUCUCAUAAUUGAGAGAUAUAAACGUCAGGUGGCCUACCAGGCAGAGGAGACGAACAGAUACCGCCUACGCCUUAAAUACAUGGGCGAAAGUAAAGAGGGUGCAUGGUCCCCAGUCAAAACCGGUCGCCUUCCGUUGCACCUGGAUGCCCUUGAUCUAAGAGUGACAUCCGGAUGCGAUGAAAUCUACCACCAGCUUGCUGGAAACUUUGCAAAGUCCAAGGCUUUAACUCCAAUCGGCGACCUCUGA